AUGAAUCGUCCGAUCGCUCCUUGGGACCCUGCCACAGGAAACCUCUGCUUCUCCUCCACCCCCAGCUCACGCUCCCUCCCUCCUCCACCCCUCCUCCAUCCCUCCAUCUCUCCCUCCACCAGUGGCAUCAUCUCUCUGAGCACCACCCAGGAGGAGCUGGAUGUUCCAGAGGACCCCCUCCGUCCCUCUCUGUCUGCCUCACUCGCAGAGCCCCGUCCUGGGCUACGCCAGCUGUCACCCUUGGGACAGGCAUCGAGACAACCAGAGGUAGGAAACUGUGAAGAGCCAACUCGCCGUGGAUCAACCAGUCUGAGGAGUAGCAGGAGCCGGAAUGGAGGCUCAGUGAUCCAAGAUGGCGUCGGUGAUCAGCUGAGCCUGGAUCUGUUCUCUGUGGUUUCCUGUGAGCAGACUGGCCCAGACGGGGCCGGGGAGGAAACUGAGAGCGGCAGCCAUUUUGUGUCAGCAACAGUGGGACAGGAUUGGCUGGUUGAGGUAGUGAAGGAGAGGUGUCUGACACGCUGCUGUGUCGUACGGCUAGAGAGAGUGGACAAACCUCACGGCGACACCGCGUACUCAUCCUGCAUCGACCAUACACGGUCACACAACAGUGGGGGAUCUGUUGACCACACGCCGUCGGUGACUAGUGGUCAGUCCAUCGACCACUCAGAGAUCUGUGCGCCCUCCAGAGACCACACGGGGUCAGUGAAUGACAGUCAGUCUGGAGACCACAUACUCAACACCGAUCAGUCCGAUGUCCAGAUUCUCCCAGUGAAUGACAGUCAGUCUGCAGACCGUGCAGGCAACACUGAUCAGUCCGAUGUCCAGAUUCUCCCAGUGAAUGACGGUCAGUCUGCAGACCGUGCAGGCAACAGCGGUCGGUCUCUGGACUGUACAGUGUCUAUCAGCCGGACCAAUGAGGAGCCUGUCAGUCUGGAGGUCAGGGCGACGCAGAGAUGUCUGACCACACACUGUCAGCUACAGCUGGAGAGGCUGACCGUAUCACGACCACACGGAGAGACCAGCCUGACCGUAUCCCGACCACACGGAGAGACCAGCCUGACCGUAUCCCGACCACACGGAGAGACCAGCCUGACCGUAUCCCGACCACACAGAGAGACCAGCCUGACCGUAUCCCGACCACACGGAGAGACCAGCCUGACCGUAUCCCGACCACACGGAGAGACCAGCCUGACCGUAUCCCGACCACACAGAGAGACCAGCCUGACCGUAUCCCGACCACACAGAGAGACCAGCCUGACCGUAUCCCGACCACACAGAGAGACCAGCCCUGACCGUAUCCCGACCAACAGAGAGCCAGCGGACCGUAUCCCGACCCACAACAGAGGGAGGACUGCAUACUCCUCUUCCCUCGACCACACACGGUCAGAUAGUGAUCAGUGUUUAAAAAGCGACCAGUCCAGUGACCACAACACGCGGUCGGACAGCGGUGCAGCAGAUGACCACGCGCGGUCAGAGAACGUUCCCAAGGAAAAGGACAGCCUUGUCCCUAAAGACAACGUUCCCAAAAGAAGGAAGGCGGGAGGUAUUCUCAGAGAGAGCAAGCGGAGGAGUGUGUCUCGCGGGCGUCCCACCACCAGUAGGAAGGCGUGUGUGAGCGGUGUGAGUGGGAAUCGCUGGGGAAGGAGAGACGGGGCUCCCAACAGCAGAGCAGCGCCUCCCCCUGGCCGAGCCGGGGACUGCAGCCUUACUGACCUGCUGUCUGCUCAACAAACACACAAGGUAAUGUUUUUAUUACGGUUCUGUUAUUAUAUGGUGUGUUGUAUAUUCCAGGUGACCAGUGUGUUAGGUCAUAGUGUAGUGUUGGAGAUGUUCUAUAGUAUCAUGAUCUAUAUCUAUAGUAUCAUGAUCUAUAUCUAUAGUAUCAUGUUCUAUAUCUAUAGUAUCAUGUUCUAUAGUAUCAUGUUGUAUAUCUAUAGUAUCAUGUUCUAUAGUAUCAUGUUGUAUAUCUAUAGUAUCAUGUUCCAGGUAUCCAGUCUAUCAGACAGUAUAGUAUUAUAUUAUCAUGUUUCAGGUAUCCAGUCUAUCAGACAGUAUAGUAUUAUAUUGUCAUGUUCCAGGUACCCAGUCUAUCAGACAGUAUAGUAUUAUAUUAUCAUGUUCCAGGUAUCCAGUCUAUCAGACAGUAUAGUAUUAUAUUAUCAUGUUCCAGGUAUCCAGUCUAUCAGACAGUAUAGUAUUAUAUUAUAAUGUUCCAGGUAUCCAGUCUAUCAGACAGUAUAGUAUUAUAUUAUCAUGUUCCAGGUAUCCAGUCCUAUCAGACAGUAUAGUAUUAUAUGUCAUGUUCCAAGGUAUCCAGUCUAUCAGACAGUAUAGUAUUAUAUUAUCAUGUUCCAGGUAUCCAGUCUAUCAGACAGUAUAGUAUUAUAUUAUCAUGUUCUAUAUUAUCAUGUUCCAGGUAUCCAGUCUAUCAGACAGUAUAGUAUUAUAUUAUCGUGUUCCAGGUAUCCAGUCUAUCAGACAGUAUAGUGUUAUUUAUCAUGUUUCCAGGUAUCCCAGUCUAUCAGACAGUAUAGUAUUAUAUUAUCAUGUUCUAUAUUAUCAUGUUCCAGGUAUCCAGUCUAUCAGACAGUAUAGUAUUAUAUUAUCAUGUUCCAGGUAUCCAGUCUAUCAGACAGUAUAGUAUUAUAUUAUCAUGUUCCCAAGGGUAUACCAGUCUAUCAGACACUAUGUAUUAUAUUAUCAGUUCCGGUAUCCAGUCUAUCAGACAGUUAUAGUAUUAUAUUAUAAUGUUCCAGGUAUCCAGUCUAUCAGACAGUAUAGUAUUAUAUUAUCAUGUUCCAGGUAUCCAGUCUAUCAGACAGUAUAGUAUUAUAUUAUCAUGUUCCAGGUAUCCAGUCUAUCAGACAGUAUAGUAUUAUAUUAUCAUGUUCCAGGUAUCCAGUCUAUCAGACAGUAUUAUAUUAUAAUGUUCUAUAUUGUCAUGUUCCAGGUAUCCAGUCUAUCAGACAGUUAUUAUAUUAUAAUGUUCUAUUGGUCAUGUUCAGGUAUCCAGUCUAUCAACAGUAUAGUAUUAUAUUAUCAUGUUUCCAGGUAUCCAGUCUAUCAGACCGUAUAGUAUUAUAUUAUAAUGUUCCAGGUAUCCAGUCUAUCAGACAGUAUAGUAUUAUAUUAUCAUGUUCCAGGUAUCCAGUCUAUCAGACAGUAUAGUAUUAUAUUAUCAUGUUCCAGGUAUCCAGUCUAUCAGACAGUAUAGUAUUAUAUUAUCAUGUUCCAGGUAUCCAGUCUAUCAGACAGUAUAGUAUUAUAUUAUCAUGUUCCAGGUAUCCAGUCUAUCGACAGUAUAGUAUUAUAUUAUCAUGUUCCAGGUAUCCAGUCUAUCAGACAGUAUCGUAUUAUAUUAUCAUGUUCCAGGUUUUCCAGUCUAUCAACAGUAUAGUAUUAUAUUAUCAUGUCCAGGUAUCCAGUUUUAUCAGACAGUAUAGUAUUAUAUAUAAUUUCUAUAAAUUUUCAUGUUCCAGGUAUCCAUUUUAUCAGACAGUAUAGUAAAUUAUAUUUUCAUGUUCCAGGUAUCCAGUCUAUCGACAGUUAUUUAUAAGUUCUAUAUUGUCAUGUUCAGGUACCAGUCUAUCAGACAGUAUAGUAAAUUAUAUUUUCCUUUUCCAGGUACCAGUCUAUCGACAGUAUAGUAUUAUAUUAUCAUGUUCCAGGUAUCCAGUCUAUCAGACAGUAUAGUAUUUUAUUAUCAUGUUCAAAGGGAUCCAGUCCCAUCAGACAGUAUAGUUUAUAUUAUCAUGUUCCAGGUAUCCAGUCUACAGACAGUAAGUAUUAUAUUAUCAUGUUCUAUAUAUCAUGUUCCAGGUAUCCAGUCUAAUCAGACAGUAUAGUAUUAUAUUAUCAUGUUCCAGGUAUCCAGUCUAUCAGACAGUAUUAUAUUAUAAUGUUCUAUAUUGUCAUGUUCCAGGUAUCCAGUCUAUCAGACAGUAUUAUAUUAUAAUGUUCUAUAUUGUCAUGUUCCAGGUAUCCAGUCUAUCAGACAGUAUAGUAUUAUAUUAUCAUGUUCCCAGUAUCCAGUCUAUCAGACAGUAUAGUUGAUUAUAUUAUCAUGUUCCAGGUACCAGUCUAUCAGACAGUAUAGUAUUAUAUUAUCAUGUUCCAGGUAUCCAGUCUAUCAGACAGUAUAGUAUUAUAUUAUCAUGUUCCAGGUACCCAGUCUAUCAGACAGUAUAGUAUUAUAUUAUCCAUGUUCCAGGUACCACAGUCUAUCAGACAGUAUAGUAUUAUAUUAAAAUGUUCUAUAUGUCAUGUUCCAGGUAUCCAGUCUAUCAGACAGUAUAGUAUUAUAUUAUCAUGUUCCAGGUAUCCAGUCUAUCAGACAGUAUAGUAUUAUAUUAUCAUGUUCCAGGUACCCAGUCUAUCAGACAGUAUAGUAUUAUAUUAUCAUGUUCCAGGUAUCCAGUCUAUCAGACAGUAGAGUAUUAUAUUAUAAUGUUCUAUAUGUCAUGUUCCAGGUAUCCAGUCUAUCAGACAGUAUAGUAUUAUAUUAUAAUGUUCUAUAUGUCCUGUUCCAGGUAUCCAGUCUAUCAGACAGUAUUAUAUUAUAAUGUUCUAUAUUGUCAUGUUCCAGGUAUCCAGUCUAUCAGACAGUAUAGUAUUAUAUUAUCAUGUUCCAGGUAUCCAGUCUAUCAGACAGUAUAGUAUUAUAUUAUCAUGUUCCAGGUAUCCAGUCUAUCAGACAGUAUAGUAUUAUCUUAUACAUGUUUCCAGGUAUCCAGUCUAUCAGACAGUAUAGUAUAUAUUAUCAUGUUCCAGGGUACCCAGUCUAUCAGACAGUAUAGUAGUAUAUUAUCAUGUUCCAGGUACCCAGUCUAUCAGACAGUAUAGUAUUAUAUUAUCAUGUUCCAGGUAUCCAGUCUAUCAGACAGUAUAGUAUUAUAUUAUCAUGUUCCAGGUAUCCAGUCUAUCAGACAGUAUAGUAUUAUAUUAUCAUGUUCCAGGUACCCAGUCUAUCAGACAGUAUAGUAUUAUAUUAUCAUGUUCCAGGUAUCCAGUCUAUCAGACAGUAUUAUAUUAUAAUGUUCUAUAUGUCAUGUUCCAGGUAUCCAGUCUAUCAGACAGUAUAGUAUUAUAUUAUAAUGUUCUAUAUGUCCUGUUCCAGGUAUCCAGUUCUUAUCAGACAGUAUUAUAUUAUAAUGUUCUAUAUGUCAUGUUCCAGGUAUCCAGUCUAUCAGACAGUAUAGUAUUAUAGUAUCAUGUUCCAGGUACCCAGUCUAUCAGACAGUAUUAUAUUAUAAUGUUCUAUAUGUCAUGUUCCAGGUAUCCAGUCUAUCAGACAGUAUAGUAUUAUAUUAUAAUGUUCUAUAUGUCAUGUUCCAGGUAUCCAGUCUAUCAGACAGUAUUAUAUUAUAAUGUUCUAUAUGUCCUGUUCCAGGUAUCCAGUCUAUCAGACAGUAUAGUAUUAUAAUGUUCUAUAUGUCAUGUUCCAGGUAUCCAGUCUAUCAGACAGUAUUAUAUUAUAAUGUUCUAUAUUGUCAUGUUCCAGGUAUCCAGUCUAUCAGACAGUAUAGUAUUAUAGUAUCAUGUUCCAGGUAUCCAGUCUAUCAGACAGUAUUAUAUUAUAAUGUUCUAUAUGUCAUGUUCCAGGUAUCCAGUCUAUCAGACAGUAUAGUAUAUUAUCUAAUGUUCUAAUGUCCUGUUCCAGGUAUCCAGUUAUCAGACAGUAUUAUAUUAUAAUGUUCUAUCUUGUCAUGUUCCAGGUAUCCCAGUCUAUCAGACAGUAUAGUAUUAUAGUAUCAUGUUCCAGGUACCCAGUCUAUCAGACAGUAUAUAUUAUAAUGUAUGUCUAUAUGUCAUGUUCCAGGUAUCCAGUCUAUCAGACAGUAUAGUUAUAUCUUUAUAAUGUUUAUAUGUCAUGUUCCAGGUAUCCAGUCUAUCAGACAGUAUUAUAUUAUAAUGUUCUAUAUGUCCUGUUCCAGGUAUCCAGUCUAUCAGACAGUAUAGUAUUAUAAUGUUCUAUAUGUCAUGUUCCAGGUAUCCAGUCUAUCAGACAGUAUUAUAUUAUAAUGUUCUAUAUUGUCAGUUCCAGGUAUCCAGUCUAUCAGACAGUAUAGUAUUAUAGUAUCAUGUUCCAGGUAUCCAGUCUAUCAGACAGUAUUAUAUUAUAAUGUUCUAUAUGUCAUGUUCCAGGUAUCCAGUCUAUCAGACAGUAUAGUAUUAUAUUAUAAUGUUCUAUAUGUCCUGUUCCAGGUAUCCAGUCUAUCAGACAGUAUAGUCUUGGGGACUCCAGUGCGUAGUAACAGACUCCAUCUGUCCUCUCUGCUGGUCAACCUCACUCCUGACACACACAGCUGGAGUCGCCUCAAAGCUGCCCUCUCCCUACACAGGAAGACCAAA